GCAUUACUAAACCAUCAUGAACAUGGUCUACAUACAGACCAAGUUCAUGGUGUGUGAAAGGUUGACAACCUUAUGAUUGAAUGAUGACACCCCUCUCUGUUGUUAAUGUGCUGGUAUGUCACAGACCUUGCAGGUGUGUAUGUGGAAGAAGAAGAAGAAGAAGAAGAAGAAGAGGAGGACGAGGAGGAGGAGGAGGAAGAAGGAGAAGGAGAAGGAGAAGAAGAAGAAGAAGAAGAAGAAGAAGAAGCAGAAGAAGAAGAAGAAGAAGAAGCGGAAGCGAAGGAGGAGGAGGAGGAGGAGGAGGAGAAGAGGAAGAAGAAGAAGGAGGAGAAGAAGAAGGAGGAGGAGGAGGAGAAGAAGAAGAAGAAGAAGAAGAAGAAGAAGAAGAAGAAGAAGAAGAAGAAGAAGAAGAAGAAGAAGAUGGGAGGGGGUUGGGGGAAGUACAAUGACCUCUAUGUGGGUUGCUUGGGGGGUGACAUUCUGCAUGUGUUUGAAGGACCCAAACCCUCUAGCCGUGGAGUAUCAGCUGGUGAACCGGAGCCACCCUUAAAGAACACACAGGUACGCAGCAGAAGUGAAGGCGGAGCUGGCCAGCCCGGAGAGCCGCCGCAAAAAGGGGAGAGUCAAUCUUCUAUUUCCAAUGAAACUCAACCUGGAAAAAGAGACUCCGUCCUCCCAGGCCUGCUUGGGUUUGACCGCAUGGCAAGAAAGCGCUCGUUAUCGACCAGCUUAAGUACCAAAGAUCCCGCGGGAAAGACGAACACCACUGUCAGUAAAGAACCUAGCCUAGCCCUGAUGAAUCCACCUCCACCUACUCCACUUGUCUGGAUUGUGAAAUCUUCCGGCAAGGUCCAAUAUGCGAUCCACACCCUUCUUUUGGGUAAGGAUCAUGUAGCCAUUGGCGGCAAGGGAGGGGUAAUCAGCUGGCUGAGAGUGGCGAAGAGAGAGAAGUCGUCGGGGGGGGUAUCAAGAAGUAGGGGUGGUGGAAGCCGUCCGGGUACCGGGGAAAUCAAUGCGCAAGAGGGGAAGCAUGGGAUCUUGGAGAGCGAUCGAAGUGGAAGCCCCAGCCACGACAAGGAUAAGAAGACAGCGGCUGAUAGUGAGCGGGCCGGAAGCUCACAGAGGGAGAGAGAGGCCCUCACCCCAAAAACCACUUCCGGACAGGAGUCGACUAGUGGCGUCCGCUUUACGGGGAUCCCAACGGAGAUGAAGAGCAGCACAAGACCUGAAAACAGUUCCAGGGAGGCUGAUAGAGACCAGACGGACGCUUUGGCAGGGUUUGAAAAAGCAGGAAAAUUCCUCGAGGUCUUCUUUACCCUGGCUACUCAAGCAUCGUCAGUGAAAAGCUUGGAGUACAAUGCUGAUGGUUCUCAGAUGCUUGUUGGGACAUCCGAUGGAUUGGUGAUGAUAAUCCGCAUUCAUGUACAUCUGUUAUCACCUCCGAAGCAAGGAACACUAGGCAGACAAGUGUCUACCGUUGGAGGUUCACAGCCUACAGCAGUUGCAGAGGAGCAACUACGGUUCAUGUAUCACAGCGGCCCAGUGACGGGGCUAGCAUCGAUUUGGUAAGACCAUUGGUCUGUAGGAUAUGAUGUGUAGGCCCUAUAGGGUUCAUAAAAUAUUAAAAUAAUAAAAAAUAUAUAAUUUC